UCAGCGCACAGAAGCUUCUACAGUAAAUAGCUUACGUUGUACAUUGAUAAAUAAGAAGACAUGCUUUCUGUCCUCACAUUGCUAUUGAUCUUAUUCAGUCUAAAUGAGGCCAAACAGAAAGAUUUGUACACUUUCAAAGUUGUUAAUAGCAGAGGGAGAUUAGUCUCUUUGGAAAAAUACAGGGGUUCGGUGUCUCUUGUGGUGAAUGUGGCCAGUGACUGUGGCUUCACUGAGGAUCACUACACGGACCUUCAACAGCUGCAGAGGGACUUUGGGCCGUCCCACUUCAACGUCCUGGCCUUCCCCUGCAACCAGUUCGGCCAGCAGGAGCCUGGCAGCGACAUGGACAUUGACGCCUUUGUCCGGCGUGUCUACGGAGUCUCCUUCCCCCUCUUCAGCAAGAUUGCUGUGGUGGGCACCGGGGCCAACAAUGCCUUCAAGUACCUUGUGGAGAUGUCAGGAAAAGAGCCUGACUGGAACUUCUGGAAGUACCUCAUCGAUACAGAUGGGAAAGUCGUGGAUGCCUGGGGGCCCAGUGUCUCUGUCAAAGAACUCCGACCUAAAAUAGCUGAAAUGGUACGGAAUAUCAUCCUCAAGAAGAAAGAGGAACUUUAACUCAACACCUCAAGACCCAUCUGACAAUCUAUUCAGGAAUAUCCUAUGUGAUUGAAAUCCACUGUCUGCAACAAAAACACCCCGAGCAUCACAAAAAUACGCUCCAAGCAGCACACACUCCAAGCACCACACACUCCAAGCAGCACACACUCCAAGCAGCACACACUCCAAGCAGCACACACUCCAAGCACCACACACUCCAAGCACCUCACACUCCAAGCACCACACACUACAUACUGUAAAUGUUGUAUUCUACAGAUGUAGGAUCUUAAUUUGAGCCAGUUUGCUACAUCAGGAAAAUAAUCCUGCAGCAAUAGCAACUGUGAAUUAUUAUGUGGAUUAUAAUUAAUGGGCAUUUUUGUAGGUGUUGAUACAUUUUUAGGGAAAAUCAAGUCUAACAUUUCAAAUGUGAAAUUACAAGCUUCAGAAGCCUUUUUAAACCUCAAAUACACAAAAUAGUUUAAAAUGUCCUGCAACAGGGUGAUCAAAUUAAAUUCCUGUAUCUGUGCCCCGAAUAACUUUUAUGAAACCACCUCUAUGACUGCAUUCAGCAUACUGAUAUCCUCUUUUGGAAGCAGUUGAUCUGCCUGCGAAAAACUCUCUCAUCAGCAAUCAGAGCUUAUUGUUGUGCUGUUGAGAGGUUCUUUGUAUUGGAUUGCCUUUUCAUGGUACAUGUGUGCACAUUAAUAAAUAUACUUUUACAAAGUG